AUAAGAAAAGGGUUUUGGUUUGGGGCCGGGAGAGGAGGACAGGUGAGAGAGAAGAAAGAGGUGGAAGCAGUGGCAGUCCCGUGUUUCUGUUUCUGACAACUGGAACGAAACGACAAUUUAGCCCUUAAUGUAGCAUUGCAUGAACAUUAAACAUUAACGUCGUAAUUCCCAAAAACACGAGUCGUUGUUGGGUUGGGUCUUUCUCUCUGCACCCCCCAGACAGACCCAGAGAGUUAGGACUUGCGAUCUUCUUUCUUCCUUCUUCUCCCCCCACUUCCAAACCUUAACGCAAUCGGAUCUCUACAUUCUAUUCUACUACUUCAUUCUUCCAUUCAACGACACACAUUGUACCGCUGCUUCACUUUUCGCAUUUCGAUCACAAGAGCUUGAGGAGAUUGGAGACAUACACUAUGGGUUCUGCUAACGGACUAACUGCUAUAAAUGGGAAACAACCUCUCUUUUCUUUUGGGUUGAUAUCCGAUGUGCAAUAUGCUGACAUUCCUGAUGGUAGGUCAUUCCUUGGUGUUCCACGGUACUAUAGGCAUAGCAUUGUAGUGUUACAGAGAGCAGUAAAAGAAUGGAAUACUAGUAAGAGGCACAAGUUUGUGAUAAAUUUUGGGGAUAUUGUUGAUGGGUUUUGUCCAAAAGAUCAAUCUCUUAGCACUGUAAAGAAACUUGUGGAUGAAUUUGAGAUGUUCAACGGACCAGUGUACCAUUUGAUUGGCAAUCACUGCCUAUACAAUCUGCCUCGAAGUAAGUUACUUCCAUUGUUGAAGAUCAAGAGUUUUGAAAGCCAUGCUUACUAUGAUUUUUCACCAGUGCCUGAAUAUAGAUUUGUAGUUCUUGAUGGCUAUGACAUAAGUGCGAUUGGCUGGCCUCAGGAUCAUCCAAAAACAUUGGAGGCCUUGAAAUUCCUCCGGGAGAAGAAUCCAAAUGAAGACAAGAACAGUCCAACAGGUUUGGUGGGCCUUGAAAGAAGGUUUCUUAUGUUUAAUGGAGCUAUUGGAAAGGAACAAAUGGAAUGGUUGAAUAAUGUUCUUCAAGAAGCAACAAAAUUGAAACAGAAGGUGGUGGUGUGUUGCCAUCUCCCUCUAGAUCCUGGUGCAUCAUCUAAGGAGGCACUGUUAUGGAAUUAUGCUGAAGUAAUGAAUUUGAUACACAAAUACACUUGUGUGAAGCUUUGUCUAUCUGGACAUGAUCACAAAGGUGGAUACUCCAUUGAUUCCCAUGGAGUUCACCAUAGAGUUCUUGAAGCUGCCCUGGAAUGUCCUACUGGAACGGAUGCAUUUGGAUAUGCUGAUGUUUAUGAUGAUAGAGUAUCACUUUAUGGUACUGACAGAAUGCAGAGUACAGACAUGUAUUUUCAUCCUAAAGCAGAUUUGUGAUGACUAGAUGUGUUGAUGUUUGUGAGAUAGCUAUUCAUUUAUUGAUACCAGAGAAUACUGUGGUCCUCGUGCAAGUCCAAUUCACACUAAAUUAACUUUCUAAGCAAUGGAUGGAAGUUGGAAUUACUUAGUUGAGUUAGGUAACUUGCAAGUUAAUGAAUCAACCACUUUCUACUCGACUUUUUCCCAUGCUUCCGGAAGAGACAAAGAUGCAACAAACAUUAACAAUCGCUGGAGGUUUCCUCAGAAAUGAUUUACAUGUGAAGAUUUUAAUUGCUUUUAUAUAAAUUUUAGGAUGCUUUCUCGAGAUAUACAUUGAAUGAAAAACUUUGCUGUGGUCAAGUGAAUAUCCUUUAACUCACUGUAAUAGUUAUAUCAUUAGCACUAAGUGCAAA